UAAAAGCUUUCAAUGCUACUAAAUUACAACGUAGCAAGUAAUAGAAUGUGAUAAUGCAAGUUGUAUUCUAGCUGUCAAUUUUUCGUAAAUAGGGCAAGUACAUGUAAAGUUGUACAGUAAUGUAUGGAAUAGCUGUGGAUCAUAUGCUGCUGACUGUGGGACUCCUGCAAUUUUGUCUCGCCUGUUGACAUAUGCUGCUUUCAUUCGACGUGUAGUUGAACGCGAGUAUAUCCUGUUCGCUUUGUAGUUCGCAUACAACUUGUUUUUCGAUAUAGUCUUGAGCGCAAGUACACACAAUUAUGGUCGAUGAUGCUACGAGAAAAACCCUUAGUGGCAUCCCGUUAUUGAGAACUAAAGCUGGGCCACGCGACAAGGAUCUGUGGCCCUCACGACUAAAGGAAGAGUACCAAGCUCUGAUCAAGUACGUGCAAAACAACAAGGAAAAUGACAAUGACUGGUUCCGGCUCGAAUCCAACAAGGAUGGUACUCGGUGGUUCGGAAAGUGCUGGUACAUCCACGAGCUCCUCAAGUACGAGUUUGAUGUGGAGUUCGACGUCUGCACACAAGCCAUCCCUGAGAUGAGUGUGGAAAGAGGAAGCAAGUACACUGACACAUUGUUCCCUCGGUCAUACAGAGAGGUGAACAACACAAGCUGCCAGAAGAUUCCGGUGACAUACCCAACCACGGCUCCUGAAAUUGCAUUACCAUCACUGGACGGCAAAACAGCCAAGAUGUACAGGGGAGGAAAGAUCUGCAUGACGGACCACUUCAAGCCUUUGUGGGCAAGGAAUGUGCCUAAGUUUGGCAUUGCUCACGCCAUGGCACUUGGGCUGGGGCCAUGGCUGGCAGUGGAGAUCCCCGACCUCAUCCAAAAGGGUGUGCUCAAACACAAGGAUGAUGCGCAGACCAAGUCGUAGUCUUGUGGCUGUAGUCGUGGUUGGCACACUCAAUCCACCUGCGCUUCCGCACCUCGAUGAGAGGGUGGCUGUGUGCUCGGUACAGGUUUUUUUUCUCUCUUUGAGGUGUGGAUAAAAAGCAUAUGUUUACA